AUGGGUGUUCGUCUGUUGAUCCGAAGAGCCCGAACCGUCCUCAACCGCUUUGCGGCGGAUGAUGCUGCCAGUGCAUCCACCCCUUCAGCGGAGGGUGUGGCAGCCGAGGAAAACAAGGGAGUGCCUACCACCGACGCUGAAGUCCAGCCGGAAUUGCCCGCAGAAGAUUUGCAGCAUGGUGUGAGAGACGUCGAGGCCAUCACCUUGACCUGGUCCAAGAAGACCUUGGCCUUUGUCUUCAUCAACAUUUGGUUCUUGUACUUCGUCAAUGCCUUCCAAUCCUCGGUGUUCUCCAGCUUGAGUCCCUACAUCUCCAGUUCCUUCACGGCCCACUCUCUAUCCGGUGUCCCGACCGCUAUGGCCGACGCGUUCUCUGCGGCAGUCUACAUUCCCGUCGGAAAGAUCAUGGAUACCUGGGGUCGUGCCGAGGGUUUCCUGGUGAUGACCUGCUUCGCAACCCUGGGAUUGAUUCUGUUGGCCGCGUGUGACAGCUUUGCCAUUUACUGUACCGCAUAUGUCUUCUACUACAUCGGCUUCAGUGGUAUGGAGUAUUCCAUCGACGUGAUCACCGCCGAUGCGUCCAAGCUGAAGAACCGAGGCCUGGCAUUCGCCUUCACUUCCUCGCCUUACAUUAUCACUGCCUUUGCCGGUCCCAAGGUCGCCGAUGAGUUCUACUACCAGGUCAGCUGGAGAUGGGGUCUCGGAUGCUGGGCUAUCAUCUUCCCCAUCGUCGCGGCGCCUUUGUACUUCAUUCUCAAAUCGACCCUCCGCAAGGCAGAGAAGCAAGGUCAUCGCAUCAAGGAGCCGAGUGGUCGUACCUUUUUGCAGGGCGUGUGGUACUGGAUUCUGCAAUUUGAUCUUUUUGGAGUGUUCUUGUUCACCGCAGGACUGGUUCUCUUCGAGCUUCCUUUCGAUAUUGCCACCGAGGCUCCCAAUGGCUGGGGUACCGGCUACAUUAUUGCCAUGCUGGUUGUCGGCUUCUGCAUGCUGUUUAUCUUCGCUAUCUAUGAGAAGUUCGUUGCUCCCGUGCCGAUGCUGAAUUUCCCUAUUCUCACCGACCGCACGGUUGUUGGCGCCUGUCUUUUGGACGCUACCUACCAACUGUCUUACUACUGCUGGAACAACUACUUCACCUCUUUCCUCCAGGUUGUGAACAACUUGACAAUCGCCGAGGCCGGAUACGUCAGUAACACAUUCGAUGUUGUUUCCGGUGUUCUCCUUCUGCUCGUUGGAUGGAUCAUCAGUCGAACUGGUCGCUUCAAGUGGCUGCUCUACAUCUCCGUCCCUCUGUACAUCUUUGCCCAGGGUCUGAUGAUCUACUUCCGCAAGCCCGGUAUGACUGUUGGAUACCAGGUCAUGUGCCAGAUCUUCAUUUCCAUUGGAGGAUCGAUCUUCAUCCUGGUUGAGCAGAUCGCCAUCCUGGCUGCCGUGGAUCACCAGCACGUUGCCGCUGCGCUCGGCCUGCUGAACGUCGUCGGCACGAUCGGUGGAUCCGCCGGCUACACCAUUUGCACUGCCAUCUGGACAAACACCUUCCCCAAGGCAUUGCAGAUGUACCUCCCUGAGUCAGUCAUGGACAACUUCGAGAACAUCUACGAAGAUCUCGCUACCCAGACCAGCUACCCCAUGGGCAGCGAGGUGCGACUGGCCAUUCAGCACGCCUAUGGCUACGCGGAGGUGCGCAUGCUCUCUGCCGGUCUCGGUAUCAUGGCCUUGGCUAUUGCCUGGACUAUCAUGAUCCGCGACAUCGAUCUCAAGAAGGUUAACCAGGUCAAGGGUACCGUCUUCUAA